ACGACAUCAAUAUUUUAUCAUAAUAUAUAUUUUGGCGCUUUUUUCCUUUAACUUUGUGUUAUAAACUUUAUAGAAUUCAUUUUAGUAACGAAUCAAUAGAAGCAAAGAAAAAAAUGGUGGAAGAAAAAGACGAACUAUCGCAAUUAGAAGAAUUGUUAUGUGCAGACUUGGCUGAAGAUAGUGAAAAGCAUGUAAAUAAAAAUGCACGUGAAAUUGAUAUUUUUCAAACAAACAAUGAUAUUUCGGAAGAUAAUAAUAUAUGUACCAAAACUUCGUCGUCUGCAGUACACAAUGGAGAUACAGAUUCCUCAGAUGACGAAGAGAGAAGAAAUUAUACCGAAAGAAAAUAUAACGAUUAUGGUACCGAAGUGAAAAAGAUAUUGGACAACAGCGAACAUGAGCAGCAUGAUAAACGAUUAGAUUUUGAAAUUAGAUUACGAAAAACUAAUGAAGACACGAAAGCUGUCCGUAAUAGUUCUUUCAAAAAGAAUGUGGAACCCAUUCUAGAACAAAAUACAAAAAACCAAUUCUGUGCUCCAGAAGUGAAACCGAAACAACAAGGAGAUGUGUAUACUGAUCCAGUAUUUGGAAUCAGAAUAAUAAAACCACAAAUUUCCAGUUUAGCACUUUUAGAUCGCAUGCAGGGAAGAGAAGCUGUAAGUAUGUUAAGAGUGAAGAGGCAUGUGGAGAAUGAGGAUUUGUCCAAAGACUGGGUGAUUGCUGGUGUUAUAGUGAGGAAAAGUGCAGCUAAAAAGUCACAAAAAGGUAACCAAUUCAUUAUUUGGACAUUGAGUGAUCUCAAGGAUAAUAUGAAGACUGUUUCUAUGUUUUUAUUUAGAAAAGCUUACAAUGAUUUGUGGAAAACAAGUGACGGUACUGUGGUAGCUGUGUUAAAUCCAAAUGUCUUAGAUAAAUCUCAAAAUAGUCAAGACCAGGCAUGUCUCAGUGUAGAGAGUCCAGACAGAGUUAUGAUUCUAGGGCAAUCAAAAGACUUCGGGACUUGUAAGAGCAAAAAGAAAAAUGGGGAGCCAUGUACAGCAUUUGUUAAUUUGAGCCAAUGUGAACAUUGUAUUUAUCAUGUGAAGCAGGAGUAUCAAAAGUAUUCGAGACGUCAAGAACUGCAGUCCUCAACUAUGGGGAAAGGUCUUGUUAAUUUACAGAACAAAGUUUUAGGUAAAAGUACUGUCAUAUAUGGUGGUAGGGCCUAUUCUGCUUUGCCAAGUGGCAAUAGUAAGAAAGUCAAAGAGAGAGAUCAAAAUAGACUAAUGAGUUUAAGUGAUUAUCAUAAGUUAGAUAGAGACAAUAUGAUGAUAAACAAAGUCCCAUAUGGGUCAGGUCCAUUUAAAAGCAAAACUGACAUUUUACAUAGCCCUACAGUUCAAAGGGUUACUGAUUCAGAAAGAUUAAGCAAAUUAUCAAGUCCAACAUCUAGUCCACAAACUUCAAGGCUUGUGUCACAAAGUUUAGCUGAAAAAGUUGCUAAUUCCCCAAUGUUGGGUAAAGGAUUUGGAUUAAAAGGCAGUGGUGUGAUUGAUUUAAAUGUAUCUUAUGGGCAAAAAGCAGCUGAAAAGAGGAAAGAGAAUGCUAUAAAGUUGAUUCAGCAAAGUGGUGGUAUAAAAAAAUCAGACCCUAACAAUAUAAAAGGUACAGAAGCUGGUAAGAAGCGGGCUAUAGAUAAGUUGAAUGAUUCUGGUAAUGAGGAGAAUAAAAGUAAAAAAUUUAAGCCUAAUGGAGAAGAUAAUAAGAUAACAAAGGGUGUUAUGUCAGAAAGAUUCAAAAAGAUACUAGAAGCAACAUCGGCACAUCAAAAUUUGAUUAAACAGCAUGAGGAUAAUGAACAAGAGAUGUACUUCAAUAAACUCGAGAAGAAAGAAGCUAUGGAAGAAAAAAUGUUGAAUACAUUCAAGCUUGCAUGCAAAGCAGUCAGGUGUGUCAAAUGCAAGUAUACUGCGUUUUCUGCAGCGCAACUUUGCAAAGAUGAGAGGCACCCUCUCAAAGUAUUGGAUACAUUUAAAAGAUUUUUCAAAUGUGCAGAUUGUAGUAAUAGAACUGUAUCUUUGGAACUUAUACCUUUACACUCGUGUAGUAACUGUAGCAGUUCUCGAUGGGUGAAAGCGCCUAUGUUAAGAGAGAAAAAGCUGACUACGUUAGAGGGUCUAUCAAUAAGAGGUGAAGAGGAAACAUUUAUAGGUGGCCAAGUAACAGGCAAAAAUAUAAAUUUACUUGUACCAGAUGAAUGACAUUUUUAUCUAUUGAUGAAUGUUGUAAUAUUAUGUUUUUAUUUUCGACUAUGUAUUAAUAAAUUAUUAAGAAUA